AUGAACAAUUUAAUAAAAAUUUACUUAAAACUAAAACCCCAAAUUCAAUUUCACAGACUAUUUAGCCAACAACAUACCCUAGACGUGAACACAAACGUAGUAAAAGACGUGAUAUUGUACAAAUCUAAUAACGAAAAAUCCUUUAAAGUAAUUAACUUUUUUGGUAUAGUCCAGUUUGGAUUCUGGAAUUAUUUGGCAUUAACUGCCUAUCAAACCUUAAAAGAUGUUCCAGUGGAUAAAAGUAGCGACGAUGUUUGGUGGCGUAGAAUCAAUUUUGGAGAGUCAAAGUGGAAGAACAGUUUUACAAUUGUAUCAUUUUUGAUAGGUUGGGGUAUUCUUUCAGUAAGUUGGAUCUACACUCUUAGAGCAGUAAAAUAUCUGAUCCUGAGAAAAGGUGGAAAAGAAGCCACAAUUGUCACUUAUGGACCUUUUGGCAAAAACCGAAUGUUCACUUUAGAUGUGAACAACAUCAGUGCCACCCAAGCCAGAUCCGCAUCAGUAGCAUUUCUUCCUUUGAAAGUCAAAAACCAUAAAUUCCAUUACAUGGUUGAUAUGCAGGGAGAGUUUAGGAAUCCUGUUUUAUUUGAUCACACUGCAGGAUUAAAACGAACGUGGCAAUAG